GCCUCGAUUGCGAAAAAACUGAAGUCAGGAAGAAGAAGCACACGCUGUCGCGCCGUCGCCAUCGAAAACGUGAAGAAGAUGCCUUCUAAAAACAAGCCAAAUGCUUUUAUAGUAUACGCGCAGUCAAUACGACAGCAGUUGAUACGAGAAGGCCAUGUGAUCAACAAUACGGCAGAUUUGGUCUCUGCUGCAGGACCGUACUGGAAGGACCUUCCAGACGACGAGAAAAAUUUGUACAAAAAUUUAGCUAAGGAACAAGGCACUGGAUCGAGAGGUAAUCCUCAGAGAGAAAGAUUAAAUAGAAGGGAUAACACUGGAGAAUUGAUUGAGAAUCGUGUAGACAAAGAUGAGGUAAGACGACAGAGGGUUAUAAAAGAAAGACUUGAGGUUGUCAGGCAAUGGCCUCCAGGUAAAGAUGUCAUCUAUGAAAGAUUUUAUCUCAUCUCCUUCACUAUUAUGCUGGAUCUAAGGCAUCUAGAUAUUGAAGAUUUUGAAAAGAUAGUUCCAUGUGAAGUCAGUUUGGCUGAAUAUAGUCUAGAUCAAGGAAUUGAGAGAUCAAUGCAUAAGUUCAUCUGUCCAGGUAAUCUGCGUUUGGGUUUCAGAGCAACAGCCAUGAGUAAAAGUGAGAAUACUCACAAGAUACCAGUGGAGGGACUGGCAAACGAGGACGACACAUACAGUAGAAUUUAUGAAGAGCUGUGUUGCUUUGUGAGGAUUGGCAGAAAGGUCAUGCCCCCAGUUUUUUGCAAGGCAACAGAGGUGGAGCAAACCGAGCUUGCAUUGAAAUGGCUUGCUUAUAACUCUGGGAAGCAGCCAAUGCUGAAGAAGGUUUGUGAACUAGAAGGGCUGCUGAUUGAUUUGGGAAUGCACCUCAGUGGUCAGAAACAAGACUUGAGUGAAGGAGAAAAGUCAAAAGCUACAUCGCAUCUCACGAAAAGCGUUUUUGAUUACGAAAGAGGGACAAGAUGCGCCCAUCACGAAGAAGUUGAUUCCAAAUAUUGCAGUCUGGGAAUUGUGAAAAAGUGGUGCUACCUGUUGUCAGACUUUCUGCUUGACAAGGCGGGCAUCGAUGCAACCCCAAACCAUUUGCCAGUAAUGCAAGAUGAAGAAAGUGCCGUUGCCAGUGUUAGAAGAGCUUUUUCAGGCGCCUCGAUUUCUAGAAACUCUGAGCCAGUACGAAAUCAGCAUAGCCAGCAGCCACAACAACAUCAACAAAGAAAUCCUUAUCAACAGCUGCCGCAGCAGCAACAACAAAACUCUUUUGAGAUUGAAAGAAGAAACGCAAUCGAGGAAGCGAGAAAUAUUUCUGAAAACAAUACGUCCAAACAGCCAAUCAUUGGUCGAGGGCGCGGUUUGGCGCAAGCUUUGGUCCAGCAGAGAAGGCCAGGAGAACGGCCGCAAGAGCCAAAGAAAUUAGCUGUAGGUCGAGGCAGAGCAAGUGUUGUGGAUAUUGCACUGUCUACAUCUCGCCACAGUGCCUCCAAUGGUGGGAGAUCUUCGCAACGCACACCUUAUGAAGAGCCUUCCGCUAGGCCCAAGCCUCCAGGAAUGGACGAUAAUAAGCAAAAAUUUGCAUCGUUUAAAUCAGCACCUGCAGCCUCAUUUGCACCACCACCUCCAUCUGAAUGGAUGUUUAGCUGAAAAUUCAAAUGCAAUACUUGCGUAAAUCUGUUUAAUCGAAAUUGUUCUGUUUAAUCGGGAGAACUGUUCUGUUUGUUCAAGAAAUUGUCCUCUCGCUAUACCUGCAGCACAUGACGUGAUAUCGAAGCAAACUACUCUUUUAGCAGAUCACUGUGCAGGAGUUAUUUUGGUUACAUUUUGUAUUAUACAAAAAGUUUGACAAAAUGUUUCUGGACCUGAGCACAUUGGCGAUAAAAGUCACCAAAACUUAAGUCUGCAUUUACUAUGCUCCGUAAACCUCUUAAAAUCUGCCUACGUUGAACUACUUUGCUAUACAGAAGUUUCACUGUAGAGAAAAGAGCAUUGAUGUUAACGCGAUGUCAACCAUAUUGACCUAUAAAGCGAAAAUCCUUACAAGAUAUAUUAAGCGAUACUUUGUUUUUUCUCACCGACCAACCUUUGAUUUGAGUUUUCAACUGCAAGUGUUUUACAAUAUAUGCUAGUUAAAAGAAUUAAACCUUUUAAGAUCCCGUUCACCUUAAGAAAUGAAUAGCAAAUUGGUUUUCAUAUCUACUCCAUCUAUUCCGUAAUCUACAUGAGUCUGAAAUAAUAAUAUUUGUGUUCUAUGCGCGUGUUCUUUAACUCCAUGAAGAGGGAAAUGCCUAACCCAUGGGAUAAUUUCCUCUUUCCCUACGUGUCUUGCAGUUGAGAUUUUGAUAAUCAAAAUCAAUUUAACAUUAGCAUUUUUAUACUUAGGAGUUAUGAUUUUAUGACUUUAUUAGAAAACGUUUUGCUUUAUUCUGUAAAUAAUUUAUUAGCAGAAGUUUAUUGUCGUUUUGUUUUGUUUACUUAAAAAGUUAAUGAAGAGAAAUAAA